AUUCUGUUCGGGACCAAGUGUGCGGAAUGUAUGAAUGGUGCCGUUGUCUACUACUUCUCCGAGCGGCGUGGAAGCGUGCGAGCACUCUCGUGGAGGUGAUGGUCGAGUCCCGUUGGCGGACGGAGCUGGCCAGCUCUCGCUGUUUGAUCGCACCUACACUUGCAAAACGGUAGACUUUACAGCACCUGAAGCGAAUCGUGUUCUGCAAGUGACAAAUUGAGGUGUGUGUGGCCGAGGCAUGCAGGUCGACCUGCUGUUGCAAAAAGACUGCCAACGCGGGAUGCCUCUUCCGCAGGCAGCUUUCUUUCACAACAAUUGUGGAUUACUUGAAGUCAAGCGUGCAAUCCACGCGGGCAUGAGCGAAGGAGGCUAGAAGGUCUUGAGGAAUGCUGCGCUCUAUUGAUUCAGAUUGAUCCAAGAUACUUCUUGGAUGUUGUUGGUAUUCGUGAU